AUGGCCUGUGCAACGCCCAACUAUGCAGAAGGAGAUGUACCUCCUUCGUACAGUGAAGUUAUCAAAAGCAUUGAAGCGGCUACCGGUAAUAAUACCAUGCCCCAGCAACUUCUCCAUGUUAUUGAAGGGCUCAGUGCACCAGAGCGGAAGGUGCUCUCGGAUAUUGCUCAAACCAGGCCCCCCAAGAUGACAGACGAAGAGAAGAAAAAAUCUGCCAUUAAUAUGGCAAAGGGACUCUCAGCGCCUGAGGGCCAGGAGCUAUUAAAGGGUACGGCCAAAGAUGUUGCUAGGGCUGCUAGCAGUGUCAAGGGCGGAUUCCAAUCACUUAAACUCAAGCUCAGUGAGCUUGAGAACACUGCGAAAUCCAAUUUCCUAUCGAAGCUUCAAACCCAUGAGCAGGUAAGGUCAAUUUGUUUCUUCCACUGCCAUGGUCAAACGGUUAACGCAGGUUUCUAG